UAUUGUUUUAUUUUGUUUUUUAGAAAAAAAAUACAUAAAACACCGCUGCAUAAAGAAUGACUGUUGGUAUUUGUAAAACAAUAUGAGGUUAAAGACAUCGUUUUUGAAGGAUAAUAAACAUAAAGAACUGGUAAGCUGCGUUGGCUGGUUAAAUGCAGAUGAAGUUUUUACUGCUGGGGAUGAUCUUCAUGUAGUAAAGUCUAACCAAUUGUCUGGGGAAUCAACUGUGGCUGUACAAUUGGGAAAAGAUGUACAUGCAACUGAUUUACAUUGGUUCCCAAAAAGCGUAGGAGGAAAAAAGCAAGGACCAUCAGAAGUGUAUGUACUGACAGCUACAGAUGGUAAAUUUUAUUUUAUUGCAAAAAAUGGUCGAAUUGAGAAGUCUAUAGAUGCACACAGGGGAGCUAUACUUUGUGGUAAAUGGAGUUAUGAUGGAAACGCUCUUGUUACUGGAGGUGAGGAUGGGCAGGUAAAGAUUUGGUCCAGAAGUGGAAUGUUGCGUUCAACACUUGUAACAAUAGCUGUACCAGUCUAUUCUGUGGCUUGGAGUGCAAAUUCAGAUGCUAUUUUACACAGUAAUGGUAAACAGUUAACUAUUAAACCAUUGCAACCAUCUGCUAAACAGCAACAGUGGAAGGCUCAUGAUGGAUUGAUCUUAAAGUUGGACUGGAACACUGUUAACAACACAAUAAUAUCCGGUGGCGAAGAUUGCAAGUAUAAAGUUUGGGAUGUUUACGGUAGAGCGUUGUUCUCAAGUACCACUCAUGAUUAUCCCAUCACAUCUGUAUCAUGGGCUCCUGAUGGAGAAUUAUUUGCUGUGGGAUCCUACAACACAUUGAGAUUAUGUGAUAAAGCAGGGUGGUCUUACGCACUGGAAAAACCCAACACUGGAUCAUUAUUUAAUAUUGCAUGGGCAAGUGAUGGCACUCAACUGGCUGCUGCCUGUGGAAACAGUCAGGUUAUAAUCGCACAUGUUAUUGAAAGGCGAGUUGAAUGGAAACAUCUCGAAGUAGUUGUUAGUGAGCAGAAAAAUAUAAAAGUAAGAGAUGUUCUGACAGAUGCCAAAGAAAAUUUAGAUUUUAGAGAUCGUGUUGUGAAGUUUGCAAUCUCGUAUGACCAUCUUGUUGUUACAACUCCUUCGCAAUGUUACAUAUACAGCACUAAGAACUGGAACACACCAAUGAUAUUCGAUUUGAAAAGCGGUUCUGUAUCCAUCGUCAUGCUGGCAGAAAAACACUUCCUUUUAGUAGACGAUAUCGGUGUCCAAGUAUAUUCUUAUGAGGGACGGAUGGUCAGUACUCCACGCUACAAUGGAAUGCGAGCUGAUCUUUUAAACACACAAGUCGUCUCGAUUAGUAAUGAUACUGUUGCAAUGAGAGACAGAAAUGACGAAAAAGCGAUCUAUUUAUUCGAGGCAUUAACUGGAAAACCGCUUGGAGAUGGAAAGCCAGUGAAGCAUUCACUAGAUGUUAUCGAGUUAGCGCUCAACCAAGAUGGCGCAUCUUCUGAUCGUCAGUUGGCAAUCAUUGAUAAAAAUAAAGAUUUAUAUUUACGUGCUGUUCGACAAUUUGGUACAGAGAGAGUUGUUAAAUUGGCUACCAUGGUCAGUAGUAUAUGUUGGAACGAUCAUUGCAAUAUGCUGGCUUCGAUCUCGGAUCAUAAAUUUUCUGUCUGGUAUCACCCUGCUGUCGCAUACGUUGAUCAAGAUUUAGUUUUAAAAACUGUGGUCACACGAGAACAAGGAGAGUUCGGGCGAGACUUGCAUCUAGUUAACUUUGUAAACACGUAUUGUUCCAUGCGACGAGGAGAUGGUGCAUUGUGCAGUACAAAUAUCUCGCCCUACCCAGCAUUUCUUCACAAGUAUGUCAAAGAAUCAAAGUGGGCUGAAGCAGUUCGUUUGUGUAGAUUUGCAAAGGAUUCUUCUUUAUGGGCUUGCUUAGCUGGUAUGGCUGGUCGCCAUAAAGAGCUCUCCACCGCAGAGAUUGCAUACGCUGCCAUAGAAGAAGUAGAGAAAGUUCAAUUCAUCAACGUAAUUAAAGAAAUCCCAUCGCAGGAGGGACGUAAUGCUGGCAUGGCGUUGUUCUGCGGACAAGUAAAAGAUGCUGAGAACAUACUUCUGCAGUCUGGACUCACUUACCGAGCUAUUCAAAUGAAUAUUGACCAGUUCAACUGGGACAGAGCUCUUGAACUUGCUGUGAAACACAAAACACACGUUGACACUGUACUGGCUUAUCGAGGAAAAUAUUUAAAACGAUGUAAUAAAAAAGAGACCAACAAAAUGUUCCUUCAAUUUGCACAGGGGGUUGAAAUCGAUUGGGACAAAAUUAAAGUCAAAAUCGAAAUGGAAUUGGAGAAAGAGGCUGAGAGACCUGGAGCGGCAACCUUAAGUCGAUAAAGCUUGCUGAGAAGGACUCAUUUUAAAACACACAUUUACCAUAAAAUUUAAGCCGCAUAUUGCAAACAUAACUGGGAAUAUUCAGCGGAAUAACAGUUGAAAUAAUUACACACAGGAUAGAUAAAAAAAAGAAAAUUUCCAAAAAGAUUUCUGUAUAUUUCAAAAUUUAGCUAUUUGAGUUUUUUAAUACGAGACUGGCAAAAA